AUGUCUUCAGACAACAUUCCCGGCGAUGGGCCAAGGAAUGCGGCUGAGAGGGAUCCGGUCAUUCUCUCUCGCCGCACCCAACGUCGGCAGAAGAAGCAGCUCAAGCAGCUGCAAAAUGAUCUAGCCACUGAGAAACGAGGCAUCAUUGAUCUCCCCUACGAAAUCAUAGUCGAAAUCUUGCUGCUCCUUCGUCCAAGCGACCUAUUUAAACUGGCCCGGACCAGCAAGGGCUUCCACGACUUCGUUAUGGAGCACCACGUCCAGGACACAUUGGCCAGGGGCAUCAUUAGCCGGCGUUACGCAUGCCUCGCGAAGUGCUUUGGCCUACCAGUGCUGCUAACGAACCUCGACGCAUCUGUCCGAGCAGCACUCCAAAGUGCGGAGCGGCAGGAAAUCAUGGCCAUCCACAGGAAGCCAUACCAGCACCUCGCGCUGCCAGACCCGGACGUGAUCUGCACCUGCCUGACCUGCACGCUCCGGUGGAACUCCCUCUGCCUCGCCGUCGACUUCGCCCACUGGCAGCCGCACCUCGACGCCGGCGAGCCGAUCCGCAUGACGCCCCGCGGCCCCAACCCGCAGUGGAACCGGGACCUCGUCGACGCCGGCGCGGCCGUCGUCUCGAGGGCCCUGCGCCGCCCGCUCUGGCACGCCCGCAUCCUCGAGGCGCACCUCGAGUCCACCACCCGCUCCGUCCUCCGCCACGUCCAGAACAGGGGCAACAAGCGCCGCCACUUCGUGCUGAACGAGCGGGACCGGCUGGCGGGGACGGACGCAUUCCUGGAGAGGAGCGGACCGCCCACCCUGGACUUCCCCUUCCAUAGGGAUAACUACUACAUGCUGGAGGCGUACCUGCCCAACCGUAGCUGGAGUAGGGAGAAGGGGAGGUGGAUGUACAUGCCGAUGGACCAGCAUGAUCAGGAUGUCCGGUUCUUGGUGGCGUGGGUGGAGCGGAAGCGGAGGGAACGGGCGCAGGAGGAAGGGGAGAAAGCGGGCGAAGGGGUUUUGACAGGGGAUCAUCGGUAA